AUGAACAAAUCUCAGACGUGCCUGCGCUGCCGGGCCCUGAGGCCGGUGACGAAACCGGUACACGCGACGCGCCGCUUCACCGACGUCAAGCGACCGCCCACGGCGCCGAAACCGGUCGUCGACAUCAAACACAUCCGCCAGAACCCGGAGCUGUACGAGCUCACCUGCCUUCAGCGAAACUACAAGCGACAGGCCGAGCACCCGGCCAGGAUCCUAGCGCUUCACUCGCGAUGGCAGGAGCUGCAGCGGCAGGGCAGGUCGCUGCGCGAAAGAUCGAACCUGCUGAGGAAGUUUCUGGCGAAUCCUGCGACGAGCAGCGGCGACGACGACACCGUCGACCUGAGGGACAUGACGCGCGAGCAGGUCCAGGACGAGGCCAGGACCCUCAAGGCUGAGCUCUCGGGUAUCGAAAAGGGCGAGGUCGAGGCCGUCGCCGAGAUGGAGGCGCUCGCACUCGAAAUGCCCAAUCUGACGAGCGACGAGACGCCGACGGACGAGGCCAGGGUCCUCAGCUACAUCAACCAGCCGCCGAGCUUCGAGGAGUCGCCCGAGAACACCUUCUGGCGCUCGCACGUCCACAUCGGAUCCGAGCUGGAGAUUCUCGACUUUGCAGGUGCCGCGACGGCAUCCGGGUGGGGAUGGUACUACCUCGUCGGCGAGGCAGCCCAGCUCGAGCAGGCGCUGGUGCAGUACGCGCUGGCCGUCGCCACCAAGCACGGAUGGACCCAGGUUUCGCCCCCGGGCAUGGUGUACAGCCAUAUCGGAGCGGCCUGCGGAUUUCAGCCGCGCGACCAGAACGGCGAGCAGCAGGUCUACACCAUCGCCCAGUCCCCCGCCGACGCCGCCCGCGGCGUGCCCGAGAUGUGCCUCGCCGGCACGUCGGAGAUUCCUCUCGCCGGCAUGAAGGCCAACGCGACCGUCGAUGCCGAGGACCUACCCAUGAAGCGUGUCGCCGUCUCUCGCUGCUACCGUGCCGAGGCGGGCGCGCGCGGCGCCGACACGAAGGGUCUCUACCGCGUGCACGAGUUCACAAAAGUCGAAAUGUUCGCCUGGACCGCCCCGGACGAGGUCGAGGUCGAAGACGUGUACCAGGAGCUGCUCGAUAUCCAGACCGAGAUCCUCUCCUCCCUCGGCCUCUACUGUCGCGUCCUCUCCAUGCCGGCGACGGACCUCGGCGCCUCGGCCACGCGCAAGGUCGACAUCGAGGCCUUCUUCCCCAGCCGCCAGCAGCACAGCGAUGGCUGGGGGGAGGUCACCUCGGCCAGCAUCUGCACCGACUACCAGACCCGCCGGCUCUUGACCCGCACCCGCUUCCAGGGCAAGAUGGUCUUCCCCUACACCGUCAACGGCACCGCCCUCGCCGUCCCCCGAGUCCUCGCCGCUUUGCUCGAGGGCGGCUGGGAUGAGGAGACGGGCACCGUCGCCAUUCCGGAGUGUCUGCGGCCGUGGAUGGAUGGCAAGGAGACCAUCGGGAGAAAGCGAGGGGUGAGGGCGACAAAGAGCGAGCCUGAGCAGGCCUGA